CAGAGGAAAUUGUACAAGUUGUACAAUGGUCUACUGAAAGGACAGGUGAGGAAGAGAGGAAGACCAUUACGCUUAAAAACGAGGUCCAGAGCACUGAAUCAGACCUGGUCAGCAAAUUUCAAGAGAAUCUAUUCAAAUUCCGUAAGCACCUUUUUAACAUCAGGUGGCAAUACAGUGCUUACAGACAGCUACGGGAAAGCCUCCAAGCCAACGAGUGCUUAAUCCACAUCGAUUUCAGCUAAAAUUACUCUUGCAAAUAUCACAACGAGAUCCAGUCUGUGCAUUUUGGAGGGUCCCAUCAACAGGCAACGCUGCACACUGGUGUACUGUACACCACUGAACAGACACCACUGUCAUUCUGUUCAAUCUCAUCCUCACGACGACAUGACCCACCAGCGAUCUGGGCCCACCUGGAGCCUGUCCUGGAGAUGGUGAAGACCAAGUGUCCAAAGGUGGAAAGGCUUCACUUCUACAGUGAUGGCCCGGCAACCCAGUACAAGCAAAAGGGAAACUUUUACUUUCUCUCCACUGAGCCAUUCAGGCUUGGUUUCAAAGAACUGACCUGGAAUUUCUUUGAGGCCAGCCAUGGCAAAGGAGCUCCAGAUGGCAUCGGAGGGACAUUGAAGCGGUCAGCGGACCGAAUUGUGCGCUUGGGGGAAGAUGUUCCAGAUGCCAUCACUCUUUUCAAAAAACUCAAGAGACUGGAAUCAACAGUGGAGCUCUUCUUUGUCAGUGAAGAGGAAGUUGAAGCAAAAACAGAGGUCCCUGCUCUGACACCUAUUAAGGGCACAAUGAGGAUGCACCAGGUGAUCAGCGUCUUACCUGGGCAUAUCAAGUACAGGGACAUCAGUUGUUUCUGUCAGAGGCAGGAUGGUCCACUGGAUUGUGCCUGCUUCGACCUGAAAGUAGCUACUGUGAAUGGAGUUCCUGUGACCCCCCCAAAUCAGAAUGAAGAGACCCCAUGGCGACCAGCGGCAGUUGACAGCACACACAUUGGAGGGUGGUGCGUCAUUAAGUAUGACGAUGAUGUGUACCCUGGCAUAAUCAUGGACGUGGAGGGCGAUAGCAUUCAAGUGAAGUGCAUGCAUAGAAAUGGAGUAAACAAAUACUUCUGGCCAAGACCACGUGAAGAUGUCAGCUGGUAUGCAGAGGAACAACUUAUCUGUCUUAUACCAGAGCCAAAGGCACUCAACAAACGCUCAGAGCGUCCAACUUGAGAAGCUUACAUGGAAGUACCUAGAAAAUAACUUUAUGUAAACUAAAAAUGUACUCGAAGUUAUGCACGAUGAUCAGAGCUCUUGGUUAAGGUGUUCAGGCUACCAAACCCAGUGGUGUUCCACAAGCCACUGGUGGUGGCAAAAAACGAGCAUGAUUAUAGUUGGCCUCAGCAAAGUGCCUCAUAAAGCCUUUGCCUACCUGUUUGAGCCCUCCAAGUUUUGGUGUUGGCCUUUCUUUUUCCGUGAUUUUUUUUAUUAGAAAUUCUGCUGAAUAAAUGAAUUAUGAAGCAAAUUACUGUCUUCUUCAUUAGCUGCCAUUUUCCUCAGUCUCCAACGUAGGGCAAUAGCCUACUGUACGUGCCCCACAGCAGGAAAAUAUUAUGACAUCACACAGACUUGCUCACAGGUCCUAGGGGCGUACCAAAGACCCCAAAUCAAAUUCUGAUAUAUUUUUUUAAUUCUGUUAAUAUUUGUUGCUACUCUAAAGUACACAUUCUAUAAGAAAACCCUGCAACCACAGACACAGCAGACCUUUGGGACGGAGAUAGCCUUAUGAAGAAGCAAAGGCAGAUACACAAAGUUGCAGCUCCAGCUCCAAA